UGCGGUGUUCAGAACAAGACUAAUUGCACAAAGGACAGCACAUCUGCUAGUGGUGAAAGUCCAAAAGGCUACACCAGAGACCAAGUAGAUGGAGUUCUCAGAGAUUGGAAAUGCUUAUGCUGUUUUAAGCAACCCAGAAAAACGCAAACAGUAUGACCUCACAGGCAACGAGGAGCAAGGUUGUAAUCAUCAAAACAAUGGAAGAUUUAAUUUCCACAGAGGUUGUGAAGCUGAUAUAACUCCAGAAGACUUGUUUAAUAUCUUCUUUGGUGGUGGCUUUUCUUCAGGUAGUGUACAUUCAUUUUCAAAUGGAAGAGCUGGUUAUAGCCAUCAACAUCAGCAUCGACAUAGUGGACAUGAAAGAGAAGAAGAAAGAGGCGAUGGUGGCUUUUCUGUGUUUAUCCAGCUGAUGCCCAUUAUUGUAUUGAUCCUUGUAUCACUAUUAAGCCAGUUGAUGGUCUCCAACCCUCCUUAUUCCUUGUACCCCAGAUCUACAACAGGACAAACUAUUAAAAUGCAGACAGAAAACUUGCGUGUUGUUUAUUAUGUCAACAAAGACUUUAAAAAUGAAUAUAAAGGGAUGUUAUUACAAAAAAUAGAAAAGAAUGUUGAAGAAGAUUAUGUGACUAAUAUUCGAAAUAAUUGCUGGAAAGAACGACAACAAAAAACAGAGAUGCUAUAUGCAGCAAAAGUAUACCGUGAUGAUAGACUUCGAAAGAAGGCAGAUGCGUUAAGCAUGGACAACUGCAAAGAAUUAGAGCGACUGACCAGUAUCUAUAGAGGAGAAUGAACUGGAAUUUUAUUUAUACCUUUUAGCACAUUUUUUUUCUGUAAGUAAAUUUAGUUUCAUCAUGAGAGCGCAAGAAAAAGAUUUGAUAUUAAAAAAUUAACUGAAUAGUUGCUUCCUGACAUCUUGGACUGCUUAUAUGAUCUACUGGUUCCUUUAAAUAGUAAGAAAGUGAGAACUGAAAUUAAUAUUUUAAUUAUGCUUCUGCAUUUAUUUUCAUGUCUAAAGCUUGUAUGAUUCCUAACUGAAAAAUGUCUCAACAGAGGAUUAUCAUACCUAUAGCGAUUUCUAGUUCUAGUAAUUCUCCACUUUUCCCCUUGUCAUGUAAAUAUUUAUAUGAUGAUCACUUUGUGUACAUACAAGUAUUGCCUUUUAAUUUAAAUUCUGUAAAUGUUUAGCUCCAUGAGACACUCAAUUAGGUUGAUGGAGUAAAUACUAUAUGACAAUUAUAUUUUCCUUGUUAGGUAUCAAAUGUGUGGAGUUUAAACAAGGAAACUGUUCAAAAUAAGAGAAGCAGAAAUCGUUUAUGUAAAAUCUUUUAGCAUUACCAACUUGGAGGGAAUUGAUAUUUUCAAAUAUUGCCAUUAUACUCCAAAAUAGUUAUACUGAGAUAGAUGAACUGGUAUAGAGUAUCAGUUCGCUAUUUAGUUUCAUGAAUUGCUAAGCCAUGCAUACAAAGGAAAUGCUAUAUACUGGUAGAUUUUAAAGAAAAUAUGAGGAAAUGACUAUAUAAAUAUUAAACUAAGAGGGUUUUCAACAGUAAAUUGCAGGUAUGUGUUAUGCAAUCCCAAUAGUUUAAAGGCCCCCAAAUGGUCAUUUAUAUAUCUUUAAAAGCUGCUAGAAUUUCUGAAAAAGAGGACCUACCUAAAUUUUCCCCUAUCAAAAUUUGUAGUUUCUUAGUGAUCUUUUCAGCAGAAGCUCAAACUAAAUGGAUUCUUCUACAAAUAAGUAGUAAAAGAAAUUACUACAUAGGUCAAGCUUUAUGCCUUUGCAGCCCAUUGCCAAUUCUAAACAUGUGAUUAGGUUUCAGUACACGUAUCUUGUUCAGAGCAUGAUCUAUUCAGCCACUUGCAACAGUGAGCAAAAAUGCAGCAUCAGGUAGAAUAGUCACUUAUAGCAACUCAUUCUUAAAAAUUCCCGAGCUAAAAUCUGGUCAGGUCACCAAUGAGUAAUUCAGUUACUCUCAUAAGAAUAUGCUCCUUGUAAUUAAAUCUAUCAUUUAAAUUAGAAAAAUCAGGUGGAAAUAAAAUGCAUGGUACCUGCAUAUAGAGUAAGAAACUACUUGAUUUCUAGUCUUCUCUGUUUAACAGUUAAAAUAUUUUAAUUAUUUUUCUCUAUACUAAGUUAAUGGAGCAAGCACCUGUGUGUGUGUGCGCUCACACGCGUGCACCAGAUGUGGUGGCAGUGUUCUUUUGGUUUAAAGAUUAUUUUGGAAUGUGGUUAAUUUAUGACAUGUCUUGAAUAAAACUUCUAAAGUGACCAUUUUCUCCUUGAAAAAGGUGUUCUCUUGUAUCCCUUUUCCCAGGUGAAUCCGUGAAAAUGCCUGAGCGAAUUAGGUUCAAGUAACAAGUCCUAGGAAAACUGGACAUCUUAGCCAUUUUUUUGUAGAGCCUUAACCUUUAAAAGAAAUAAUGAUUCUUAAGAGAUAACUAUGAUUUUAAAUGCUCUCUUGAAACGUUACACUAAGUUUUUUAUUAAUAACUUCUAAUAAAUUUUCAAAGCUCA